ACGAGCUGCAGCCGGCAGGGAAGACCGCGCGGGGCUGGCCACGGGGGGGUUCGCGGCGUGGAGACGACUGCCGCGCGGUGGGGGUUCCGAGGCGCACUCGGCCUUUGGGGAGCGGCGGCCGCGCAGGUGCCGUCAAACCCCGUCUCGGGCGGAGCCCCGGGGCACCUGCGGCAGGCUGGGGAAGGGGGCGCCGCCGAAGCGGUCCGAGUGUGUGUGAGGCCCGGAGAAGGGGCGGGGAGGAGCAGCCCGAGUUCCUGAGGCCGGCGUCCUCCCCGCCAACCCUCUAUCCUCGGAGGCCGCGCCCCGCGCCGGGCUGGCGUUCGCGGGUUCUGCCCGCCGUGCCCUGCCGGGGCUCCCACGGGCGGGGUCCGCGGCCGGCGCGCGGGGCACUCUGGGUAGCGCUCCGGUGCGCCCGGCUGAGGCGGGAAGGGGGCGGGGCCGGGCGUCAGGCUCCGCCCCUGCGCCCCAUUGGCCGGCACCGUCCCCGCAUGCCUGACUGACAGCCUCGCGUAGGGGCGGGGCACUUCCACCAGGCCAUGGGGCCGAGCGUGUUGCCGCUGCCUCUGCUGCUGCUUCUGCCGGUGCUGCUGCUGGCGGCGCUGCCGUGCGGUGCCAAGGAGGCCUCGCCGCCGCCGCCCGCGCAGGCCACACUGUCGCCGGCACCGGCCGUGACGAACGGGAGCCAGCCUGGCGGCCCGCACAACAGCACGCACGCGCGUCCGCCGGGAACGUCGGGCUCAGCGCUGCUGCGCUCCCUCUACGUGGUCAUGGGCUUCUGCGGCCUUGCCGUGCUCUACUUCCUCAUCCGGGAGUUCAGGUUGAAGAAGCCUCAGCGGAGGCGAUACGGCCUCCUGGCCAACACCGAGGACCCCACCGAGACGGCCUCGCUGGACAGCAAUGAGGAGACGGUCUUUGAAUCUCAGAAUCUGAGAUGAUGCUGAGCCAGGGAGGCAGCCUUUCCACGAGGGAAGGACAGGAGCCAGGGCCCACCAGUGCCCAGCAACCCCCGCCCCACCGCUUCUCCUUCGGACCUCCGGGCCGGCCCCACCCAGUGCCAGCCUCACCCAGUGCCAGCUUGAGAGUCCUUUCGGACCCUGUGCAGCCCGCCCUCCUGCCGCAGCCCGCACCCGCUGCCACACUGCACAGCCUCGCCUCCCAGCUGCCACCCCAGCCUGACUGAGGGUCCCGGUGAAGACAGGAGGGGCCCUGAGAGCCACUGCCCAGGACUCUGAGGCCGCCUUGCCUGACUGUGACUUGUGCCUCUCCCCAGCCUCCUCGGGGACAUGGCAGCCCUGAGCCAAGACUGGGUGGGCAGGUAACCCAAGGGACCUGUGUUGGAACACUUUCCCGCCGGACUGGAACAAUAAACAGCCAUGUCUGCCGCUGGUCCUGA